AUGAGCAAAUUUCAAGUAGGAAUCCUCACGGUGAGUGACACCUGUUCAAAGAAAGAGGCUGAUGACAGGAGCGGACUUAAUUUAAAGUCAAAAUUAGAAGAUGGUUUAUGCCUGAAAAAUGCAGUAGUCGCAGUCGGGGAAAUUGUACCUGAUGAACAGGAUCAAAUAGAGGCGAUAUUAAAAAAAUGGACUGAUGAGUUGAAACUUCACCUCAUUCUUACAACAGGUGGCACGGGAUUUUCACCUCGUGAUGUCACACCUGAGGCUACAAAGGCUGUUAUUGAGAAGGAAGCCCCUGGUUUAGCACUUGCAAUGCUGCAAGGUUCUUUACAAGUCACCAGUCUUGCUAUGUUAUCAAGACCAGUGUGUGGAAUAAGGAAGAAUUGUUUGAUUGUUAACCUACCCGGUAGUAAGAAAGGAUCAAGCGAGUGUCUUGACUUCAUCUCCCCUGCACUACCUCAUGCUAUGGACCUGCUAAAUAACAAUAAGGAGAAUGUAGGAGCUACACACACCAAGUUGCAGUCUGAACAGGAGGACUCAACAAAUCUCAAAGAGCAAUCAGCCAAUACACAAAGACAGACAGGUCAAUCAGAGAAGGACACUACAUUAGAGGUAGCAAAUGUACUUACAACUAUGGACUCUCAGGUAUAUUCAGGGCGAAGCCUUAGAAGAAGUAUGCGACAAGUAUCUUCGCAAAGACAUCAUACCAUCUCAGAUUAUGCAAAAGUAGAUGAUGAAAAUGUUGUUGUAUCUCAUGCAUCUAAAGGAAUUGAUGAUACCUCAUCAGAUUCUGAAGAUGUGUCUGUGGUCGAUCAAAAUAUUCAAACUGAUCCCUAUGUUGUUCAUGAUACUCCAUAUUUGUCUCAGUAUUUGAAUUUGCAAGAUUCCUCAUAUCAGCCUGUAUCCACUUGUACUGAAUCAGGUCUUCCAAUACAGAUUGAGAACCAGCCAUCUACAUCUGGUGAACACACCAUUGAUGAUAAAGGGCAAUCUGUUGCUAGAAGUGAAUCUCCAGAAAUUGAUGUAGAUACUGUAGAUACUACACCAGAUCAUGAUAUUGGACUAGAAGAUGAGUUUAUAGGAAAAGAAUCUCAGCAAGCUACAUAUUCUACGCAUACCCCUUCCAUACUGAGAAAAAAGUCAACAAGAAUACGUAGAGCCAAACAGGAAUCUAAAGACCCAGAGGAAAUCUAUUCAUUCAGGGAUAUGGAUUUGCCUUCUGAAUCACCUGCAAAACGUAGCAAAGAGGACACUGGUGUCAAGGGUACAUCACUUUACAGAAGAAGCAAAACUAAUGGUGAAAUAGUGUUUUGUUCUGUAGGAGAAGCCAUUAAGGAAUACUUUCAACGACACCAUCUUAUCCAAGGAAUAUAUCUAAAUAAAGGAAAACGUGAUGUUAAAAGGCAGCUAGUUUCAUUGAAACGUAAAAGUGGAGCAGUGGACACAGGGAGAUGGCUUCGAGGUAAAACAGUCCAUGAAAGAAAUCGCUUAGAUGAUCUGUUUGAAACUACUGACAAGGGUGCAGAGAUGGCUGCCCGUGUUGAGAAAGGAGACAUUAGGGAUCAAUAUGUUGUCAAUUGGUACCUCUGGUGUCCAGGUCAUGGAAACUGUCAGAGAAAAUGUGGUGGCAUUGGGAAAUGUGCCAAAGCUUGUCCAGGGAUGGCACAUAAACAAGAUCGCCACAAUUGUUCGUUGAUGAUCAAUCUAAAGUUGUUCCUUGGUGACCUUACAAGGUGGCGCAUUCACAUAACUGGACAUCAUCUCCCGCCUGGUCUCGAUAUUGCAUGGGUACCUCCAGAGAAGAGUAGGGAAAGACUAGAUGAAAAUGUGAGAGACUUUGUUGUUGCUGCAUCCAGUGAAAAAUCGGCAACAUCCACUGAUAUUUUUGACAAGUUAACUCAGGCAACAGGGAAUGUGUUCAAUAAACGGAAGAUCCAGAGUUUUAUAUCUAGUAUGUUAAAGAGAAGAAAGCAGCGGGAUUACAAUGUUAAAUCUCCAUCAAAAGGAGCUGAGAAAAAUGAUGUUUCAUCAGAGAAACAAUCAGAUAUCUGUGAAGUGAUUUUAGUUGAAAAUGCUAACCGAGGAGUUGUAAUGGUUUUGAACCAAUCAGUUGAUCCAAAUACUGGUACAAACAUGUACUAUCCAGCUGAUUCUGAUGUUGCAUUAUCACAAGAUGAACUACUGGAACUCCAGCAACAUUUAGCCAAGCAGGGUAUAACUGCACAGAUUGCACUUCAUGGGAACCAUUACCAUGGUCAUCAUGGACAUCAACAUGGAAUCCAUCAUCAUCAUGGUCACCAUAGUGAGCACCAUCACCAUGGACACCAACAUAGCCAUGUUGAUGUUAGCAAAGUAGCUAGAAGACCAAGGGAAUCCCAGUAUCCACUUGUCACAGUUGACCAAGCUGUAGAUACAGUGCUCCGUGAGACAGUAAAGCUUGGCACAGAAUCUGUUAGUCUUAAAGAUGCACUGGGGAAAUAUUUGGCUGAAGAUGUGUUUGCUCAAGAUCCACUCCCUCCUUUCCCUGCAUCAAUAAAAGAUGGUUAUGCAAUAAAAGCAUCUGAUGGUGCUGGCCUAAGAAAAGUGCUGGGGGAUUCCACUGCAGGAGAUGUGCCCAAGAACAGAGUUACUGCAGGUUACUGUCUACGGAUCAGCACUGGUGCCCCUGUUCCAGAAGGUGCAGACUCUGUCAUACAGGUGGAGGAUACUCAACUUACUAAAGAAGGGGAUGAUGGUAAAACUGAGCUAGAGAUUAAUGUGCUUAAAGCCCCUAGAAUUGGUCAAGAUAUAAGACCAAUGGGUUGUGAUAUUGGUAAGGGUGACAAGAUACUUUGUGCUGAUAUGAGGCUGGGUCCUGCUGAGCUUGGCCUGCUUGCAACUGUAGGCUGUGCUCAGGUGAUGUGCUAUAAAACACCUACCGUUGGUGUUCUUUCUACAGGCAAUGAGCUUGUUGAACCUGAUCAGCCUCUAAGACCUGGCAAGAUCAGAGACAGUAACAGAACCACCCUAAUGGCUGUUCUCAAGGAACAUGGCUUUACAUAUGUUGACCUUGGUGUUGCUACUGAUGACCCGCAAUCUUUGAUGAAUCUGUUACGUCAAGCAUUAAAGUCAUGUGAUGUGAUUGUUACUUCUGGUGGUGUCUCCAUGGGGGAAAAGGAUUUACUGAAGGCAGUUUUACAGGCUGAUAUGCAUGCCAAGGUUCAUUUUGGACGUGUCUUCAUGAAACCAGGUAAACCUACUACUUUUGCCACUGCAAAGUAUGAUGGGAAGAAGAAGCUUUUCUUUUGUCUACCUGGAAAUCCAGUUUCUGCCACUGUCACUUGUAACUUGUAUGUUGUACCCUCACUGAGGAAGAUGUCUGGCAACACUACACCUUUGAGUAGUAUUGUUAAAGCAAAGGUAGCUGCAGAUAUCCAUCUAGACCCAAGGCCAGAAUAUCAUAGAUGUAUAUUGACCUGGCAACAAGAUGACCCUAUCCCCAUAGCAACCAGCACUGGGAAUCAACUAAGCAGUCGACUUUUGAGUAUGCGAUCCGCCAAUGGUCUCAUGAUCCUCCCAGAAGUGAAAGAGAGUAAAUCAAAAAUCGAAAAACAUGAUUUGGUAGAUGUAAUGAUCAUUGGAUACAUUUAG